CAUCACGCCGCUUCCUUCGCACGUGAGAACCGGCUCCCGAGUACCCAAACGCGGAUCAAAUUGGAAUCAGGGAACUUGAGCCGUUCUCGACCUCUUCUUCCUUCUGCCCGUCGUUUCUGCGAUCUUCGUCGUCGCGAUAAAAGCCUAGUUUUUUGCCCUUUGGUUUCUCCCUGCAGUUACCCUUAUUCGAUUCGGUUCCAAUUUGAGGGGGAAAGAAAGGGAGAUAUAGAAGGGGAGGGCGAGAUGGCGGGGGAGGAGGAGAAGAGGAAGAGAGUGGAAUCCCUGGGAUGGCUGACAGAGUCGUCGGUGAUGCCGAAGAAGCACAAGGCCAUCGAGGGCGUCAGCGCAUCCUCCAUCGUCGAGCUCAAGGCGCAGCUCUAUCGCACCCAGGAGCAGGCACGCAAGGCCAAGGAGUCCGCCCCUGAUUCCUCUUCGGAGUUCCUCCACGCCAAGAAGAAACCCCUUGCUCCCGAUCUCUUCUCCCAGAAGAACUCCGGCGUCGAAUCCCGCGCUAAAAAAGACAAGCUGGAGAUGAAAGCUGUAAAUGAUGGCUCAACUAGUUAUGCAGCUUUAGAGAGGAAAGCUGAGCUAUAUGAGAAACUAGCUAGAGGUGAACUUUCAGAUGAAGAAGAGAAGGAGAAGUACUGUGUGGAUUUCUUCCGCAAGGGUUUUGAGCAAGAUGAACCGGAGCGGCCAGAAGGAAAUGAUGCUAAUCAUUUUGUACCACCAGAAAAUGAAGAUAAUGAUGCUGAUGUAGCAGCUUUAAAUGCCAAACCAAUUGGUCCUGGUCGUACGAGUGCCACAGUAGACAAUGACGAGCAUAAACGUUUCGUAAGGGAAGUUCAUGAGGAGGUCAAUCAGGCUAGGCAAAAGGCAACGACACUCAAGUUGCGCAGGCAGGAACAAGAGGCUGCCCGCAGGGAGAGACUUAGGCAGGCUUAUCUCAGAAAACAGCUUGAGAAAUUGACUUCUGCAAAACAAACAGCUUCAGCUGACAACUGCUAACGGCUUCUAGAUACGGAGGGUGUUGCACUAAAGUAAUUGUUGCAUGUUUCAUUUUCUCCAAAGCGUCCAUGAAGAAGGGACGCUCUAUGAAAAUUUUGAGUUCAUUUGAGUGAUAUGUUCCGUAGGAUAUUGAUGGUGUAAUGCAGUGGGAUGUCAAGAAAUGCAGAGAUCAUUUGCUGAAGCUGAAAAUUCUUGAGCUGAAAAGAUAACUUGGACCGCAGAGUUUUCUUGUUUGAGUGAUGCCAUUGCUAUGAAGUUUGAAAUGCUUGAGCUUGUAGAAAAUUGAUUAAUCUCGGAAAUCUUGGACCAGUUGUUCAUCUAACUAAAAGCUGGAUGAUAGAUUAUAGAUAAUAAAUUUCCAAUUUUGAACGAUCAA